CAAGGAUGCCAAAUUGCCAAUCGGGGACGAUGGACGAUUUACGACAUCGCGAUCAAUGCCAUCAGUCGAUGGUAUAGCGAUCCAGAUCAGUAGCUAUCACAUUUAAGCAUGCAGGUAUCAUUAAGCAUUCACAUGCAAACGUCAAGCGUCAAGUAGCGGAAGUAAGCGGAACUCACGGAAGCAGCAACCAAUCAGCUGGGCGAUACGGGCGUAAUGAUAUAAAAAAUAUUUUUUACGCCACUAGAAGAGGUUUGUUGCGUUGCAAGUGGUUGAGUCUACUCGUUUCAAUACUCGCGUAUUGAACGCGACCAUUUACAGUAAAUAUCUGAAAAUAACCUCUAUAAUUUCGGUUAAAAUUUGUUUUAUAUUGUUUAUAUAGUAUCGCUGAAAAUGUCUUAUAAAGCACAUUUGGAUAUGGAAAUACGAAAAUUGAAGCCUGCUGAAUUAUAUACUUUAGCAAGUAUAUUAAGCAUUUCUGAUUCGUGGAAAAAACUAAUGUCUAUUGUCCUUAAAGAAGGAAAUAUUCCCAAAUUUAGUAGUGAUCAUAUCAGCAUCAUUGAACAAAUGGCAAAUAGCGAUAAACGCAACGCAGCUCAAAUAUUUUUGGAUGAGUGGAGUACUAUGGAGAAAAAAAGACCAACAUUAAAAUUAUUACAAGAACUUCUUAUAAAAGCAGAACUAUUUAGAGCUGCUGAUUAUGUGGCAUGUGAUAUAUUAAAACAAGAAAAACCAAAGAGGCCAGAUUAUGGUCCAGCUCAUUCUAUUGAUACAAGUGAUACAGUCAUAAAUAAACUACUAGAUAAUCAAAUGCUUCUACAAGAUACAUUUGCUAAUCGUACGAUAUUAAAACCAACAUCAGAGCUGAUUUCAGAGAUUAAUAGAAUAUGUUCCUCUGAAAAACCUGUACAGGCAAUGCAAAAUUAUAGAUGCGAGGAAUUAUCGUCUGAAGAAUUACCAGUAGUUCUUAACAACUAUAAAUAACUAUAAAUAACUUGAAAAGGCAGUACUUAAGGUUUAUUUGUCUUAAACUGUCUAACAUAAUGUUUGAAAUUAAUCUAGCUUAUAAUUUGUAAAAAGAUAAAUAUGGUAACUAUUUAGAGUACGGACUGUACCUCCAAUUUUGAAAUCAGAUUCAUUCAACACAUUUUUGUUCGAAAUGAAAGAAUCUGGUAAAAAAAGCUGCUUAAAAAAUGUUAGAUCU